AACUGCCACAGAUUUAACACGCCACAAAUCCUCUAUUUCUAUUCAUAUUCCAUACUCUUUUAAAUUAUUUUUUUGGGUAAUUCGCAAAAGGGCCUUUUUAUUGUUUUGAUAUAAAUAUUAAUUCAGGAAAUUGCGCUAGGGUGACUUGUUGCAUUCCCUCUCUGCGGCCGGAGAGUCAAGUUUCUAGCUUUGAGGGAGAUCUCAUCUGGGUUUUGUUUGGUUUGAUUUGGGUCUGCAUUUUAUUGGGAUAAAGAGGGUGAUUGUUUGGUUAAUUUUAGAGAGAGAGAGAUGAGCGGUGUAUCAAAAAUUUGGGAGAAGGUGAAUAUGAUGACUGAAGGAGGAUCUCGGAAUUGUUCGAAGAAAUCUGAUGAUAUAUGUGGUGAUGCCUGUGGUGAGGAUUCAGGAAGGCCUUUAAGCAUGACCAGAUUGAGAUGUAUUCUCAGGGGGCUCGAUUUCAAAGCAUUGCUAUUUCUCUUUGUGUUGAUCCCUACGUGCAGCUUAGUUAUAUAUGUCCACGGCCAGAAGAUCACAUACUUUCUGAGACCGUUGUGGGAGUCCCCGCCUAAGUCUUUCCACGAGAGACCUCACUACUAUCACGAGAAUGUGUCUAUGGAGAAUCUGUGCAAGCUUCACGGCUGGGGAAUUCGCGAGUAUCCUAGACGUGUGUAUGAUGCAGUGCUGUUCAGCAAUGAGGCGGACCUCCUAAAGAUGCGUUGGAAGGAGUUGUAUCCAUAUGUGACAGAGUUUGUCCUCCUUGAGUCGAACUCCACCUUCACUGGGCUGCCAAAGCCCUACCUCUUCUCAACUGUCCGUGAUCAGUUCAAAUUUGUUGAGCCCCGGUUAACUUAUGGCCAAGUCCCGGGGAGAUUCAAGAGAGGGGAGAACCCUUUUGUUGAAGAGGCGUAUCAGAGAUAUGCGUUGGAUUAUCUUCUCAAGCAAGCCGGGAUUCAAGAUGAUGACUUGUUGAUAAUGUCGGAUGUUGAUGAGAUCCCAAGUAGGCACACGAUUAAUCUCUUGAGGUGGUGCGAUGACAUACCCCCAAUUCUUCAUCUCCGCCUCAAGAAUUACUUGUACUCGUUCGAGUUCUUUGUUGAUAACAACAGCUGGAGGGCUUCUGUCCACGUAUACCAGUCUGGGAAGACGAAAUAUGCUCACUAUCGACAGUCUGAUGAGAUCUUGGCCGAUGCAGGGUGGCAUUGUAGCUUCUGCUUCAGACGAAUCAGCGAGUUUAUAUUCAAGAUGAAAGCCUACAGCCACGUGGAUCGAGUGAGAUUCUCUCAUUUCCUGAGCCCUAAGAGAAUCCAGAAAGUGAUCUGCAAAGGGGCUGACUUGUUUGACAUGCUUCCCGAGGAGUACACAUUCAAGGAGAUAAUCGGGAAGAUGGGGCCGAUCCCACAUUCCUACUCGGCCGUUCAUCUCCCUGCAUAUAUCUUGGAAGCAGCUGAUCAAUACAAAUUCCUUCUACCUGGGAAUUGCAUAAGAGAAAGAGAGAGUGGCUGACACUACACAAACGAGGCUGUGUAUCUUCUUGUACAGGCGGGGAAGCAAGCUUCCGCUCGACUCCCGGGUAAGGGUGCCCUUUAACCAAAUUCAUGGCUGCAGUGUGUUAUUUUUAUAACCAUGCUACAUGCUAAUAUCAUUCUCGCCUUCGAGCUUUUGAGAAAACGAUAAAAAUGGACAUAUCUCUCGGACUUCUUAGGUUGAGAUUUGUAUAUAAUCUUGGUUAGACUCGAUUUUCUAGCAAACGGAUAGCGUCAGUGGACUGAGUGAGAGGGAACAAGAGAAGACGGCUCUGCUAGGAACUACUUGUUGUAACUAGGGCAUUACAUAAUUACAUAAACGCGAUAUUACUGCAUUACAGCCCCCUUGAGGAUGGGGGUUGGUUCAUUGUUGUUGCUGUCCGUUUUCCUUAGGAAAUUUUUUGGUGUGAGCUAAUAGAUUCUCUACAGACUGUGAACUUCAUUUUGGAUCUCUCAAACUGUUUUUGAAUUUCUAAUGGAGUAUGGUAUGAUUCUGCUCUUGAAAUUGAGAUUUUCUUGCUGUUUUUCCUCGAUUUGUUUUACAGCUAAGUUUUGUCUUAAACAGAGGAUUCUCAAUGUUUCUUGUUUGUUGAACUAUGAAUUAUUGUAAAAAAAAGAAAAGAAAUUAAGAAAAAAGUCAAAUGAAAGAAAGAAUCUGAUACCCUCAAUAAUUUAUGAUGGUUUUUGGCAUUGUUCAAGGUUAGCAUGUCCGAAUACUUUUUUCAAGAAAAUAUAGUCAUGAAUUGCCACUGAUGGAUGUGCAGCUCAUUACAUUUGCUUUAUUCAACACUUGCAAAUUGUAGUACUAUAAUUUAAACCAAAAACCUUAUUAUACUUCAUGUCUUCAUAUCUUUGUUAAAAUAUGUAAAUCAAUAAGGGACAAAAAAUAGAGUAACUCUAUCCUCCACAAACUAAAUGAUUCUCACAAAUCUUGAAAUAUGUGGCCUCAAUGUUUAUCUUAUAUACGCUAAUGUGAGAAUCGACAGUUAGAAUCUCAACUGUUGAUUCAAGGCCCCAUUCCCAUGCCCAAAUGCACGAUCACCAUGCAAGAUUCUUCCCAAAGUGGGAUAGAAGCUGUAAGAAAAUUCCUCAAAGAAAUUCCAAAUGAAAAAGAAGCCAACUUUACCCAUAAUGGGAACUGAUGCAGAUGCUUCAUCCCCAUCAAGAUAAACCUUAUAAGUAGAAGCUGCAAAUACAACACCACCACCAUUCAAUUGUGAGAGAGAGAGAGAUAAUCAAGAAAAAUGCAGAUGUACAAGGAAGACUACUACACCACGGAAGAGGAAUUCCUCUACAAAGACGAAUUCAGCUACAGCAAUGGCUCCAUGCACAUGAUGAAGCCUCCUGUUGAGCAUUGCGUGCCAAAGAUCGACUACAAUGAUUCCUACACAAGUGGCAACCACCUCGAAAAGAAGGGCCACAUGGCGAUGUCGUCAGAGAUGAAGCAUGAAGGCUGGGGCGGCGCCAAGAGUGACCAUUAUGGCCAAGGUGGCAAGAUGCACCACGAGGGUGAUCAAGGGCAUUUUGGUCAUCACAAGGAGGGGAUGGGGAUGAAGCAACACGGUGGUGGAUAUGGGGGUGGUCAGGGGCGUUAUGGUCAUCACGGAGAAGGGGUGGAGCAUGGUGGUGGAUACGGAGGCAAUCAUGGGCACUUUGGUAUUCACAAGGAGGAGAAGCAGGGUGGUGGUUAUGGGGGUCAUCAAGGGUAUUUUGGUCAUGAAAAGGAGGGGAUGGGGAUGAAGCAAUAUGGUGGUGGUGGAUAUGGGGGCGGUCAGGGUCAUUAUGGUCAUUCCAAAGAGGGGAUGAAGCAUGGCGGUGGAUACGAGGGUCAUCAGGGGUAUUUUGGUCAUCAAGGAGGAGGGGUGAAGCAUGGUGGAUAUGGGGCCCACCAGGGGCAAUAUUGUCCACCUAAUCAGAAGUUUUCAGUCUGGGAAUUCAAGAGCAUUGUAGACUGAUAAUGGAGCAUUGCAAAUGAAUGAUAUGGAUGUUGUAAUAGUAUAUGAUGAUGAAGGGAUUUUUGUGUAAAAAUGUUCAAGAAUUCCUCUAUUAAAUAAGUGGAGUUAUUUGUGUGUG